UACUGGCUAUUGGGUAAUGAGAUAUCGACAUAGCGACAUAGCGAUAUAGCGACAUAUCGACAAAAUCGACAUAUCCACGACCACCGCAACCUCUGAUGACUUGUGAGUGGUACUGUUGACGCUGAUCGAGCUUCCCCCGCGUACACGGACCAUCGACUUGCACUAGUUGUCUUCCCAAUUCAAAUUGACCUCCGAUUAACCUCCAAUUGACUUAUCAUUUUUUUCUGCGACACAUUUGGGGGCUUAGAAUCCUUUCAUAUCGUUCGGAACAGGAAAUCCGGUCGUCAGGAUCAACACCCCGAGAAGAAGCUCCACCUUGCGGCGGAUCCGUCCAGUGCGACGAUCAUACCAAACGAGAAAUAAUCGACUAUUUUUACUAUGGCAAUGGCGUUCCCCUAUCUUACGCGAACCAACACCAACCAAUCCCUUUCCAAUGGCGCCGUUGGGAAUCAUCGCGCAUCUCUCUCCUCUUUUUUAUCUUCGCGCUCCGCCUCGCAGAUGUCUCACGCUUCGCGCCCCCCGAAAUCCCCCCAACCUCCUAUCAUGAACAACGAUCGCACCUCCGAUCCGAGCAGUUCGAAAUCUAAGACUUCAUCCCUCGGAAGCGUAACCGCCGCCUCGUCUCAGCACUCCUCUCUCUCUGCGCCGAAACGACCCAAUCCCAAUGGCCUGUCACCAAGAAAAUUACGCUCGCAGUAUCCGCGAGAUGCUUCCGAGAACCAUGUCGAAUACAUCUUGGUCGCGUCCUUUGACAUUGAUCGUGGUCCUGUCAUGGAGCAUCAGUACCCCGUCGCCAUAACCGGCGACGAGAAUAUGUUGGCCGAACUCAUGUUACCAGAUCAGGUUCAUUCUCGUACGCAAGAUUGGACCAUAUUUUUCCUGCACAAGGACACCAGCCAAGAGGACGACGAUGAAGAACGAAAAGACAAGGAAGAGAGGCGAAAGCGCAGGAAACGUAGAAAGGACAAGGCCGCCGGAAUAAUCAGCGAAAAUGAUGACACGAAUGACGAACAAGGCGACGAAGAAGACGAUGAAGAUGAAGACACAGAUGAUGACCUUUCAUCAGACUCGGAACCUGAGGGGGGGGAAGGACCCCCGUUAAUAUACGUAUUAAAUUUAGUUUACACGAGGCACGAUAAAUCAGUUAAGAGAGGUGCUGUAGUCAAAGCUAUGGCUAUAUGUACGAGGCAUCCCUUCUUACAUAUCUAUAAGCCUCUCUUGUUACUUGCGCUCGAAGAAUAUUACAAGUCACCGGUUCCUGAGACAUUGGCAUUACUUUAUGAUGCCGUUAAUAAUAUGGACCUUUCUCUUUUGCCAAAGCUGAGUCUUCUCGAGAGGUACCUCUUACAAUCCAGUAACAACCAGGAUCUCUUUGUUGAGAAAUUCGAACGAAUGGUGCAAAGGCGAAUUGCCCACGAUAAAACCGAGGGUGUUGGCGAGCCAUUCGACGCAAGCAAAAGCCCCCCCAAACCUCAGAACAUCUCGCGAGCAGGAACCAAGGCAUACCUUGAAGGACAAUCUACAUAUUCGGUUCCAAGAGACACGCACGAGUUCGAGAGCAAAGUCAUGUACAAGGGCAUCCCAAUCCCCGUCAAGGUUCCGACAGCGGUCAUGCCUGAAACUGUGGGAGAUUUCUCACUUAUCAAACUGAUACAGACCUUUUCAGAGCCGCAUGCGAAGUCUCCACAGCAGUUCCCCAUACAUACCCACCUAACCACGAACGGCCCAGGGACUCAUCCUAUAAUAGUACUGGCUAAUGCGCUUCUUACCCAGAAGAGAGUAAUUUUCCUCGGACAUAAUAUGCCGUCAAGCGAGGUGGCGGAAGCCGUGCUAGCUGCGUGUGCCCUGGCGUCUGGCGGUCUCUUGCGGGGAUUCACGAGGCAUGCAUUCCCCUACACGGAUCUUACCAAGGUUGACGACUUGCUGAAGGUCCCUGGCUUUAUUGCUGGAGUGACCAAUCCAACCUUUGAGUUGCACCCAGAAUGGUGGGAUCUUUUGUGCGACCUCCAGACUGGGCGAAUGAAGAUUAGCGAGAGGAUCGAAAACGCGGCAAUAACGGAGGGACUUGUAUACUUCCAACAGCAAAACCCAUCGUUUGCGAACAUGCUCAGCGGUUCAUCUGGCACGUCUGCUGACUUCACCGGUGACAUCAUAUUCAUGAACGACAUUCUCAAGAGCAUAACAGCGAGGCGUGGUGAGCGAGUCAUCCGGGCCAAGUGGCGUGACUGGGUUAUUAGGUUUACACGAAUAGCCGCGGCAUUCGAAGAAACCGUCUAUGGGGCUAGUGCGUUGUACAUAGGAGGCGACGAGUUCGAAACUGUCUCGACUGAACACGGAUAUGUUUGGCCGGAUGAUGGUGCCAAGCAAAAGGAGCUAGCCGGUAAUGUGUGUAGGAUCGAGGGCUGGAGAAACACUCGAAGUUAUUAUAGUUAUAUCCAGGACUUGGCCAAAUUAUACACAGUGAGACCACUAAAAGGCCUAGAUUUGCAUCAUAUGCACGAUCGCUUAAGGUCACAGCGCCUAAGCCCAGAACAGAGUCGAGAAAUCUACUUAGCAUUCUCAAAGUACGUCUACUCGUAUGACGAGGUCUGCCUACUGCUCUCAGUGGCGCCCGAAUCGCACGCCGGGCUCUUCUAUAUAGCCCUCGGACUAUUCCACAAAGACCGAGACGUGAGAAUCAAGACGUCGGAGCUUAUCGAACGCAUCAGCGAACACGAAGCCGGUCAGCACUGGUGGAAGGGCAUGAGCCGAUUCGAGAAGCUGGCCUACCACCGCAUACGGCGGGAGGUGGAAAUGGAGACCAAGAACAAGCUAGAGAAGGAAGGCUUCACCCCAAGCGUGGAAAAGAGGAAUAGCUAG